AGUUCAGCUUUAUAAAAGGGGAGUGAAAUAAGAGAUUGUGGGUGGAGUUUUUAUCAACCACUUAAUUUCCCAAAUACUGUGCAGAGCUAGCCUUUGCUCUAGUGCUUUGAUUUUAGAUACAGAGUAGACAAACAGGAUCCUUCUCUGUAAAUAUUCGUGCACAAAAACAAAACAGCCAUGGAGAGUCUAAUGUCUGCCUCAUGGAACUUCGCUCAGCUUUUCCAGCUCACUGUUGCUCUGAUCCUGACCUGUGUGGCUCUGAAGGCCAUCCAACUGUUUCAGACAAGGCAGAAACUGCUGAAGGGGCUGAGGGAUUUCCCAGGGCCCCCCACUCACUGGCUCUAUGGCCACAUCCAUAUGAUGGGACUCCAGAAAGAACUAAUAAGUAUACAGAAGUGGACAGAAGAAUUUCCAAGAUGUUUUCCUGUAUGGUAUGGAGGGUUCUUAGCUGGUUUAGCUAUCAACCACCCUGAAUAUGUCAAAGCAGUAUACAACAGAGGAGAUCCAAAAUGUCCUAUAUUUUAUCAUGGCUUGGUUCCAUGGAUUGGGAAAGGUUUAUUGCUUCUGGAAGGGCCAAAGUGGCAACAACAUCGGAGGCUAGUCACUCCAGGAUUUCAUUAUGAGAUUCUGAAGUCUUAUGUGAUUCCAGUGGCUGAGUCUGUCAAAGUGAUGCUGGCUAAAUGGGACACAUUGUCCUCAAAAGACAGUGAAGUAUCAAUGGAAAUAUAUAACCAUGUCAACUUGAUGACCCUUGACAGCAUCCUGAGAUGUGCAUUCAGUUUCCAGAGCAACUGCCAGAUGGAUAGGGACAAUUUCCAUGUUAAAACUAUCGCUGAUCUCGCCUUCCUGAUCAAUGAGAGAACUCUUGUACCCCUGUAUCAAAAUGAUUUCAUUUACUCGUUGAGCUCCCAAGGACGUUGGUUCCACAAAACCUGCAGAUUAGCUCACCUUCACACAGGAAAUCGAGAAACGGAGAACAGUGUUCCAUGUUCCUGCAGAAGAUACAUAAUAUAUGUCCUUUCAAAGGCUUUCUGGCACAACGUUAACUAUAAAAUUAUUCAAAAAAGACAAGAAUCCCUCAAGGCUGGAGACAAGACAUUGUUCAAAGGGAAGCAUUUUGACUUUCUGGAUAUCCUUCUUUUGACAAAGGAUGAAAGGGGAAAUCCAUUACCUCAGGAAGAUCUACGUGCCGAAGUGGCCACUUUCAUGUUUGCAGGUCAUGAUACCACAGCCAGUGGGAUUUCGUGGCUGUUUUACUGCAUGGCUCAAAAUCCUGAACAUCAGGAGAAAUGCAGGGAAGAGAUAAAAGAAGUCCUCGGGGACCAAGAAAUCAUUCAAUGGGAUAACUUAGGAAAGUUAACAUACACCACUAUGUGCAUCAAAGAGAGCCUUCGGCUUUACCCACCAGUACCCUUAAUAGCUCGAACAUUGGAUUCCCCUCUGACAUUUGAUGAUGGACGAACCCUGCCAAAAGGUUUCCUAGUUGGAGUGUGUAUAUUUGCUCUUCACAGAAAUUCUGAAGUAUGGGAUAACCCUAAGGUAUAUGAUCCAAUGCGGUUUUCCCCAGAGAAUUCACAUUUGCGCCAUCCUUACGCAUAUCUCCCUUUUUCAGCUGGGUCAAGAAACUGCAUUGGACAGCAGUUUGCCAUGAUGGAGAUGAAAGUGGCUCUUGCAUUGACAUUGCUCCAGUUUGAGCUGAAGCCAGACCCAGCAAAUCCUUCAAUUCCGGUGGCUCAGUUGGUCAUACGCUCCAAGAAUGGAGUACAUCUGAAACUGAAGAAGCUUCACUGGACAGUGGCAAUGAAGAGUCUAAUGGAUAUCUUGUGCUUUUGGCUACCCAGGAACCUCUCUCAGCUUUUCCAACUGACUGUUGCUUUGAUUCUGACAUAUGUGGUGCUGAAAGCUAUCCAACUGUUUCAAACAAGGCAGAAACUACUCAAGGACUUUAGGAAUUUCCCAGGACCUCCCAGUCACUGGCUGUAUGGCAAUUCCCACAUGUUGAAAGGUGGGGAAGAACUAAGAUAUCUUGUAAAAUGGACUGAAGAAUAUCCAUAUAAUUUCCCUCUGUGGUUUGGAGGUUUCUUAGCCUUUUUGGGAAUCAACCACCCUGAAUCUGCUAAGUUAGCCAGCAGAGGUGAUCCUAAAUGUCUCAUCCUUUACAACUUUGCUGUUCCAUGGAUUGGAAGGGGACUGCUAGUCCUCAAUGGACCAAAGUGGCAGCAACACCGGAAGCUGCUCACACCAGGAUUCCAUCAUGAGAUUCUGAAGUCUUACGUGACUCCUAUUAUGGAGUCUGUGAAAGUGAUGCUGGAAAACUGGGAGAAGUUGAUAUUAGAAGACCCAGAAGUAUCACUGGAGAUUAAUGAACAUGUUAGCUUGAUGACUCUUGACAGCAUCAUGAAAUGUGCCUUCAGUUGCCAAAGCAACUGCCAGACUGAUAGGGAGAAUCCUUAUGUUAAAGCAAUCUUUGAGCUCACCUUCUUGGUUUAUCAGAGAGCAAAGACACCUUUCUACCACAGUGAUCUCAUUUACUGGUUCACUUCUUCUGGACGCCGAUUCCGCAAAGCCUGUAGAUUAGCUCACCUUCACACAGAUAAAGUCAUUAGGGAGAGAGUAAAGGUCCUCCAGGAUGAGCAAAAAUCUGAGAAGUUUCUGAAGAAGAGGCGCCUGGACUUUCUUGAUAUUCUUCUUCAAGCAAGAGAUGAAAAGGGAAAUCCAUUGCCUCAUGAAGAUCUGCGUGCUGAGGUGGACACCUUCAUGUUCACAGGCCACGAUACCACCGCUAGUGGGAUUUCUUGGUUGUUUUACUGCAUGGCUCAAAAUCCCGAACAUCAGGAGAGAUGCAGGGAAGAGAUAAAGGAAGUUCUUGGAGACCAGGAGACUAUUCGAUGGGAUGACUUGGGGAAGAUGCCUUAUGUCACUAUGUGCAUAAAAGAGAGUCUUCGCCUUUACUCUGUAGUACCUCUGAUCUCUCGAGAACUGGAGUCACCUCUGACGUUUGAUGAUGGAAAAACCUUGCCAGAAGGUUGCCUAAUAGGACUAAAUAUAUUUGGGCUUCACAGAAACCGUGAAGUGUGGGACAAUCCUGAGGUGUUUGAUCCCAUGCGAUUUUCCCCAGAGAAUUCACGUUUGCGUCAUCCCUAUGCUUACCUGCCUUUUUCUGCUGGWCCAAGAAACUGCAUUGGACAACAGUUUGCUCUCAUAGAGAUGAAGGUGGUUCUUGCACUGACUUUGCUCCAAUUUGAGCUGGAACCAGACCCAGCAAACCCUCCAGUUCCUGUGGCUCAACUCGUCACACGCUCUGAGAACGGAAUCCACCUGAAACUAAAGAAACUCAUUUGAUACUUCAAAUUUGCAUAACCCUGGUGCUCUGAAAUGACUAGCUACGAAUCUGGGUACUUCCCUAACUAGGACUAAAAUGUGGUUUGAGACCCCAUUAAAAAUUAUCUCUGUUUCCUUCACAAACUCAAAUCUAACAUUACUUUUCAAAGAGGAAUUAACUGUAAUCUCCAUGAAACAGACAAAUUAGUUUCUCAUCAUCACAAAUUAAUUAAUCCUGUGUGAUCAAUUUAAAAAAAACGUCUCAAUACUAAUUACUAAAUUGGGGAGGGGGGAGUUGUUUCUAAAGUGUUUCUAAAAUAUCAUAAGGAUUCCGUAUCGUAAAUGUAACAAUAUAAUAAAAUGUUCAUUACUUUUUCAUUAUGUCAUUGUGCUAUUGAAGGGAGCUCCCAGGGCUCAUUUCUCCCUCAUUGUAGAGCUAUUCAGAUGAAACUUCCUUCUAUGGUAGAACACAUUUACCACUGUU